UUAUGAAUCUUCCUUCUAGUUUUUCUGAUUCAGUUAUCAUGGCAACCAAUCGCGGCAAUUAUGUUAUUUACUCGGGCAAAACAAACUGAAGACAUGUCCAGCUAGCUAACUUUGCCAGCACUUGUACUCAAAUAUAAGGUCCACAAUGAUGUCAGCCGGUGAUUUGAAAGGAUGUCUUCGGAAACUGGAUGCUCAACUACGGGCAUUGAAGUACCCAAGAGAGGUCGACUAUAAUGGCUUGGCCAAAGGAGAUCCUUCUGCCGUUCUCCCCAUAGUAAGUUAUGCAUUCGUCUCCUAUUCACCACACCUUGCUGAACACCUGGUGGGCUUCGGAGUGGAACUCACUGGGAAGAACGACCUACGUUUUAUCGAAUGCAUCUACAAGGUACUGCGGGAUCUCUUCCACUACAAACCCGUCCUGACCAAGCAGCAGUUCCUCCAGUUUGGCUUUGCAGAAAGAAAGACCUGCAUCCUCUGUGAUGUCAUCGCCUUCGCCCUGCAGAAACACAAAGAGCUCAGCAAAGGCAACAAGCCAAAGCCAAGACCUCGUUUUCCGGCCUCGAGUUCAGACUCCAAAAGUGAGGCUCUCCCAUUUCAGGGUGACACAAUGAAACCCUCGGCCAUCACAUUGUCCCUAAGCAGGCCACUAGUGGAGAGACACAUUGGUGGUGGCUCCUGGGUCUCCUCUAGUAGAGCCUCUGAUGACGAAGAGUCUCAGGAGGAAGAGGAGGAUGGUCUGGGACUGGAGGAGUUCCAGAACCAAGCACCUACAGUCCCUCAGACAGACCCGGUGGUGGAGGGGAGGCUGGCAGCGCUGGAGGCCCAGCUGCUGCAGGUCCAGACCAGGCUGGAGAGGUUCUCGGCCCUGGAGCAGAGGCUGGAGCUCCUAGAAAAGGCCUCGGCCGGGAGGAUCACUAUAGACAAGCACCAGUGGGAGAACCUUGAGAGCAGAGUGCUACUGCUGGAAACCAGACUGACCCUCUCCACAGCCACAGCCCAGGAGUCGUCGUCACUUGUCAGUGGAGGUUGGAGUCAUCACAUGGCGGAUAAUGCAACAGAAGUCACAGAGUCAAGACACAGUCCUCCAGAGAGCCUCCUACACCCCUCUGGCUGUGAGUGUCCUCAGUCCUCCACCCAUUCCGCUAGCUAUCCCAUCAGCCCCUGUGUGACAACAGCACCCCCAGAGGUAAUGGCAGAUAUUAAAAGAGAAUAUGAAAGAGAGAUUGGAAAGGAUAGCCAACAUGAUGAAAGACACUUCCAGCCUUCUAAGAAGUAUAGAACCCUCAAUGUAAAUUCAGACUUUAAAAAAAUAUGUAUUGUUGUAAUUGAUCUCUGGAUUAGUAUGUGAGUGAUGAAUAAAGGUAUCAUGGAUAAAUAUCGAUUUAUGUUCA